AUGUUAUCAACCGGACGUUUACUUCCAAUGCGAUUAGACGAAAUUUCACAAACUGCUACCUGGACACACUGUGUUGCAUAUUGUCAACUAGAAAGAGAAAGGAUAGAUUUUACCAAACAACAAAUCAAAGCCAUCGGAGUAAACUAUCAAUACCAUGAACAACAAAGAUUCCUUAACCGAUCUCCAACACAAUCUUCAAAACUACUCUAUGGAUCGAAUCCUCAACAAUUUAUCUUUCCUGGUUAUUAUACUAAAAAAUUACAUGUUGAGUAUUCUAAAAGAAAUCAAAGUUUGAGGAAGUCUAGAAAGAAAAAAUUAGAAGAGAAGUUUGCUAAGAUGUUUAGGGAUUCGAAGAAAAGUAGGGUCGAGGUGUUUUCUGAUUUGAAAGUUGCUCAAUCUCUUCGGUACCAACAAGUUAUGGAACGCCAAUCUGUUUAUGUUUCUCAAGUGAACAGAACUGAUGAGGAAAAUGGAGCGGAGGUUGAGGUGGUGGUUCAUCCUGGGGUUUUUUGGAAGGAGGGACAGGGUUUGGAUCAGGUUCGGGAAGAUGUCAGGGGUAUGGGGACCUUGCCGUUUUGGAGCGUUGUGGAUUGGAUGGGUAAUAGUUAUAGGUUCUUUAGAUCUUUUCUUCCCUUUCAUUUAUGA